GCGGCGGACCUCCGUUUCGCAGCCAAGCUGUCGGAGAAGGUGUCGCUCUUCAACCAGCAGGCGGACCGGCACAUCAAGAAGCAGGAGCUCAACCCCUUCAGCGCAGCCAACAGCCGGUCCGGCAGCCGGUCGCCGCGGCCGACCUUCAGCAAGGACGAGUACGGCAAGCCUCCUCCUGGCUCCGAGUCGGAGUACAGGGCCAUCAAGGGGAGGAUCUCCAUGAACAAGGACAUCCUCGAGCUGUGCGAGAUCCUCAACCAGGAGGGCGAGCUGCAGAUCGUGGAUGGGACGCCGGUCAAAGUCAUGUGCUUCCGGGACGUGUUUCAGAUGUACACUGUGAUCAACGACAAGGUGGUGGGGCUGUUGCUGCGGGCGAGGAAGCAGGGACUGGUUGACUUCGAAGGCGAGACUCUAUUCCAGAGAAGGGACGACCACGUCUUGAUUGGACUCAUAAAGCCAAUCGAGGAGAUCAGAGAAAUAUUCCGGAAGCGAUUCGAGGACUUUAAAGAGGAAGAGAGGCGGAACAAGGAGGCGGCAGCAUCACAUGUGCUCCAGGUGCCGAACUACUGAGAGGGGAGUAUCAAGAUCUGGGGCCCAGUCAGCUUCAGAAUUCUUUUUACGGAAAUGUGUACAUAAGUCAUACCAUCGCACUUGUUAAUUGCGUAAAAGGCAAUUAAAGCAAGGGCAACAUUUUUUUUAAAGAAAGGGGGGAGGGGACACCUUUUUACAGUAGGCAUAUUUUUGCCUGAGAAGUAGAUGAUCUC